GUCUCGAAAUAUUUAUUUGAUCAAAUCUCGCAAUUCGUCAAGAAUGCGCGCCCACUUUGGCAUCCUCAUUCCGAAUACUGAUACCUGCACUCAAGAUCUCCAUCUUCACACGACGGACCCGGAAACCCCACCAUUCCUUGGCACAGUCAUCCAUGUUAUCGGAGCGCCCAUGGCUGGGUUUCACCUCGAGUUCAAACGCAAUUUUGAUGCAAAUAGAGAUCAGGAAUUGAAAGAGGUUAUUUUAGUUGGGUCUAUCAAUGGGAUCCAUGUGGCCGAUCCUCCCUUCACAAACUUUUCAAGAGAGGACAAACCUAUCUGCACCGUGGAAGCAGUUGCUACUCAAAUACCUCCUCCAAGGAAGAGUGAGAAUUUCCUCGCACCCGUCAACGACGCAACAAACAGGAGGUGCCAGGAGUGGACGAUGGAUUUUGUUCGACGACUGGUGGAACUUGAAUAUGUUCCAUCUGAAGCUGUCCAGAUAGUUCAGAGUCACCGAGAUCCGCCGGAGUUUGGAAUCGACCUGCGCCCUUUAAACCAAGAGGAUUGAUGAAUAUCGGUGGAUUUUUUUAAUCGUCUACGGAAUGAUCGAUGGAUGUUACUGCCUGGUGAUUUCAGCCGAGGCAUCUUGAAAUCCCAACCAGCCUCUCCGCUUAUAACGGCAUUGACCCACACCAAAUGGACAGAGUGAAGGGUAUGGUUUCACGCGACAAGUUAAGUUAGACUGAUGAUAAGAGUUGGCCAACUAGGCAUCCUCUUUUGUAUUUGUUUGUCCCACGAAUAACAAAAAAGCAC